CAACAGAGGCAAUCUUUUUUAAUUUGUCAAUAUAGUAUUAGCAUAACAGUAUGCCUUUUCCUUUUAUCACUCCAAAUAUUUACAAUUUCAAAGCAAAUUGUGAAAGUUCAAGCACUAAGAAACUCUCAUCAUCAGAAAAUAGUUGCGAAUAUGGAUCCGCGAAAUAUUAUGCAUUAUGUGGCCUAGGAGGUAUUUUGAGUUGUGGCCUAACUCAUACUGCAAUGGUUCCUUUAGAUUUAGUAAAAUGUCGCAUUCAAGUUGAUCCUGGCAAAUAUAAAGGAAUAUUUCAAGGUUUUAAUAUAACAAUUAGAGAAGAAGGAGUUAAAGGCCUUGGUAAAGGCUGGGCACCUACAUUGAUUGGAUAUUCUAUGCAAGGCUUAUGCAAAUUUGGUUUUUAUGAAAUAUUCAAAAAUGUCUAUAGUGAAGCCCUCGGAGAAGAAAAAUCAUAUUUAUACCGAACAUCAGUCUAUUUGGCAGCUAGUGCAAGUGCAGAAUUUAUAGCCGAUAUAGCCUUGUCUCCUAUGGAAGCAGUUAAAGUUAGGAUCCAGACACAACCCAAUUUUGCUAGUACUCUGAGGGCAGGAGCACCCAUCAUAAUGCAACAGGAGGGAUUAAGGGGCUUUUACAAGAGUUUGGUUCCGAUAUGGGGUCGACAAAUUCCCUACACAAUGAUGAAAUUCGCUUGCUUUGAACGAACGGUCGAAGCUCUAUACAAACACGUUGUUCCUAAACCUCGUUCCAAAUGCACUAAAGCUGAACAGCUUAUAGUCACCUUUAGUGCUGGUUACAUUGCUGGUGUGUUUUGCGCCGUAGUCUCACAUCCCGCCGACACGAUAGUUUCCUACAUGAAUAAAGACAAAGGAAAUACAAUGAUGUCAUCAGCCAAAAAACUUGGAUUUAGAGGUCUUUGGAAAGGCCUCGUCCCUAGGAUAAUAAUGAUAGGCACUCUCACCGCUUUACAAUGGUUUAUAUACGAUUCCGUCAAGGUUGUUUUCAUGAUGCCUAGACCUCCACCACCUGAAAUGCCUGCAAGUCUUAAGAGGAAGUUGUCAGAUAUUGAUCUCACCCUCAAGGAGUUGUGAAUAUAUUAAAAUUAUUUUUUUUAAGUUCCUAAAAUGUUAUUAAUUAUUUGACUUUGCAUAGCCUUUUUGAAAUUUAAUUUACUACUGGUUUUGUCAAAUGUAUUCAUAUUCUGAAGAGAUGUAUGCUAUAAUUACAUUAUACUCAAUUUUAUCCAUACAUAUUAACAUUCUUUAAAAUUAUUCUCAGAACCUAUUUUAUAUUAAAAAUGAGAAAUAGUCAUUUAUAAUCACAAGAUUGUCACCCACCAUAAACUUAUACCUUUUUUAAAAUUGUAUUUCACACGAUUUUCGAAAAGCUUUCAAAUUUUACUAUUUAUUAACAGUUGAUGUAUUUUUCAAACGGUGUCUAAUUUAUAAAUUA